CUGGAAAUAGAAAGUACUCACAACAUAGAAAGCAUGAUAGAAGUGUUUGAUGAAUGAUAAAAAUGAAUGACUUCUAGGACCCAGGAGGUAACCAGGGGCAAGAGCUGCUCUGUUGCAAGAUGGCACUGUUGACACCAGCUCGUGGGUCACAAAGUAGCCAAUUCCAGCCAGUGAAGGCUCUGCUCAAGCAUGAAUCUCUGGGAUCGCAGGCCUUACAAGACAGAGUUCUCCAGGUUCCUGGGCUUGCCCAUGGAGGCAGCUGCAGAGAAGACUCAGUGGUAGCUGCUAGGCUCACUCCAGAGUCCCAGGGGUUGCUGAAAAUGGAAGAUAUGGCCCUGACCCUCAUCCCUGGGUGGACACAGCAAGAUUCAUCUCAGGUGACCUUCCUCAGAGAUGAAAGGCAGGAGAACUGUGGCAGCCUUGCCUCCCUGGGUGGUGAAAUGCAGACUAAGAUUAGAAACUCACCUCGAGCUGAGAAACAUCCAGAACAAGAGCCUGGGCAGAUACCAUGCCACCUGGGUGAGGACCAGAUUCCUGCAUAUGCAGAAGCUGGUGAACAGGAGGGCAGGUUACGAAGAAAGCAGAAAAAUGCCACAGGGAGGAAGCGGCACAUUUGCCAUGAAUGUGGAAAGAGUUUUGCUCAGAGUUCAGGCCUGAGUAAGCACAGAAGAAUCCACACUGGAGAGAAACCCUAUGAAUGUGAGGAGUGUGGCAAAGCAUUCAUUGGGAGCUCUGCCCUCGUCAUUCAUCAGAGAGUCCACACUGGUGAGAAGCCAUAUGAGUGUGAAGAAUGUGGCAAGGCCUUCAGUCACAGCUCAGACCUUAUCAAGCACCAGAGAACUCACACUGGGGAGAAGCCCUAUGAGUGUGAUGACUGCGGGACCCCCUUCAGCCAGAGCUGCAGCCUCCUUGAACAUCACAGGAUCCACACAGGGGAGAAGCCAUACCUGUGCAACAUGUGCGGCAAAGCCUUUAGGCGGAGUUCACAUCUCCUGAGACAUCAGAGAAUUCAUACUGGUGAUAAAAAUGUUCAGGAACCUGAGCAUGGAGAAGCCUGGGAAAGUCUGGAUAGGUUGGAAAGCCAGUGGGAAACUGUUGAGCCUCCCACAUCUUACAAAUGUAAUGAGUGUGAGAGAAGUUUCACUCAGAAUACAGGCCUUAUUGAACAUCAAAAAAUCCACACUGGUGAGAAACCCUAUCAGUGUGAUGCAUGUGGGAAAGGCUUCACCCGAACUUCAUACCUUGUUCAGCAUCAGAGAAGCCAUGUUGGGAAAAGAAUUCUAUCACAGUGACCCUUGUCAUACUUGCUGAAGUUGGUGCUCAUUUCUCAUUGAACUGAAGCCACCUGGAACCCUUAUCAGCUUCAGAAGUUGUGGGCUGGGGCUUUAUUUACUACUCUACUCAUCAGGUGUUAGAAAAUGUAGUCUGGCUGAGAUAAAUUCUUCUGUAGAAGGUGAUUGGGAAAAAAACUUAUUUGAUAGGAGGCUUUGAGAGAUCUGUCUGGAAGAAGUAACACCUGAAAUGGUUUGUUCUCGCUGGUUGGAAUUAAAUGGGCUUCAACACUGACUACUUGCCCUCAACCAGCACUUUGUGAUGUCUACUGGGUGGAUGGUUGUAAUUUGGGGGCUGCUGCUCUGACCAUUCUUUUUGACUAUAGUGAAUCCUCCACCCUUUGUGCCUUGUAUACAGGUGCUAAUAAACAUUUAUUAAAUGUAGCAGUGAGAUUACCUUCAUAGCUCUGAAAAUAUGAUAUUGUCUAGAUUUCUGAGUAAUUUCUCACCAAGGCCAUUUGUGCUUGUGUCGUUCUCUGAGGUUCUAGAUUCUGAGUCAAUCUAGUGCAUUUUUUACCAAGUACAUAGGAUCAGCAGAGCGGAGGUGAGAGUGGGGUUACUGUGAUAGAAUCUAUAUUUUUUACCAGACUAGGAAUUCUAGUGUGAAUGCCUUAAACAGUUUCUUUAUCAUUAAGUUACUGUGAUUUUGUGCCAUCUAUGGAUUCUAUUCUUUACUUAAUGUUUCCCUGUCAUUAAUUUUGCUACUCUUUAGGGAGAUAACUUUCAGGCGGUAUGAAAAUCAGCUAUCAAUACAGAAUAAAAUGAUAAAUUUUCUAAUGCUGA